AUAUUAGACAAGCCUCCAGACUUGUUGUGGGGAAUUGUGCUUCUAUCUGCAGCGAACUGAAAGAAUUUAUAUUGCAGCAAGAAUUAGCAGGCUUUUGUUUUUGUUGCCGUUUGUAGAAUUUCUUUCAGAGGUGAGGUCGCGAAGGUGUGUCGCGGAUGUGUCGCCUGGAUUCAAAAAUUUCGCCUCGUGUUGAUUAACUGCUUCAAAGAGUAGCGCCUUACUAGUAUCGACACUCGCUGAGUGAAGUGUACGCUAACACUACAUAUUCUAUGAGGAUGGCCGCUACUCUCAGUUACUGCGAGCUAAUGUUAUUUCUUGUGGCGAUGACGUGCUCUCGACUUCCAACUUCAAGCUUAGGCCAAGAGACGAACUCCACGGGAAAUGGGAAAGACAUUUCACGCUGCAAGAGCGUAACAUGUUGUGGAAUUCCGGGAACUCCUGGUAGGAACGGAAUUCCCGGACACCCUGGGCCCCAAGGAAUAAACGGACCUCCCGGUAGGAACGGGCUAAACGGAAUCCCAGGGAGCAAAGGCGAAAAGGGAGAAUCAGGAUUAAUGGGCCGGCGGGGGAGAAAAGGAGCACCUGGAGAACCGGGUAUCAAUGGUACCGACGGCAUCCCCGGUUGGAGGGGUAAGGAAGGACCAAGAGGAAUGAGAGGCCCGAUGGGUCCCCAAGGGCCUACAGGCGAGAAGGGGGAUUCUGGAAGCCCUGGUGAACCGGGGCCCCCUGGGUCUGAACGAAUCCUCAAGGUAUGCACAUGUGAAAGAAAUGUCCCAACACAAGUCUUUUACGUAAACUCAGGCCACUGGAUCUCAGAGAAGGCCAUGACAGGGUUUCAGGAUGUCAGUUCAGCAUACGGGGAAUUUCAAGUCAAAGUUGUGGUACCUGUCACCUAUGUUCUCCAUAUUGGUGGAGACUGGGUGAAUGACGAUUCUGUAACCUUGUUUUACCGUCUCCGUUGCGCUCACCGCCGACGAAUGGCGUACCUUCCAAACGAAACUGGCCACAAAAUCUACAAGUUCAAAGAGGAGAAUCGAUUGGAGUCGGAAACUUUUACACAUGUCACCACAGCGCUCAGCCAUCACGGAAAAUGGAGAUGUCUGCUGCAGAUCAGCAAAGGGAUGGAUCGGGCAUUCUAUCGCUGGGACUCACAAUACGGUGAAAUCAGUUUGACCAUGUGGUAGCUAUUGUUGAGCCUUCCACACCUUCACUGGUUUGAUUCUUGCAUCGUUAGAAAUUUUUUAUAAGCGAGGAACUCACCACACGAGAAUUUAGGUUUAGGAGGGCGUCGCCACCUCUUUCCGUUAAUCGUUACAAAAAUAAUCACGUUGUUGACACGAACGAUUAAAUCCUAAAGUAUGUUACAGUUCGGUUGUGUUCCAAGCAUCUGAACAUCAUUAGAAACAGACUGAUCCGUUAGGCCACAAAAAUUUGUUGUAAAAAGAUAUAUCAUACUUUCAGAGGAGACCGAAGGAAGUUGGACGAGAUUAUUGACAUCACCUCAUUGCCGGUUAUGUGACUUCUCCUCAGCGAGUAUGACUGACAGCUGUAUAGUAAAAACCUUGGAACGUGCGCUAUGAAGUACAAGAGAAUUACUGUUGAAAUCAGUUGAGUUGAGUUGAGUUCUCCCAGUCUUCAAAGAGAUAUUUCAUAACCAUGACAAAAUAUUUAUGAACGAGUAAUUGUCAGAUUAAGCAUCGCCAUUUCGGCGAUUCAAAAGUUGAAAACUGCCUGUGAACUAACACAGGUGAGAAAAGUUCGCUUUCACUUCAUUCCCAAAAUGAACUCCGUAAUCAACAGCGGUUGCAUUUCAUUGUUCCCAUAGAAUAAAGAAUAGUUCGUAAUAUAAAAGCAGGUAUCCCAUCCAAAGAGUGAUGUGUGUUAACGAGCGUAAUUGGGGCGUUUUAGCUUUUAGCUUUUAGAGUGUCCAAAGUAAUCCAGGAUUUCGUUGGUUUUACCUCACUUUUCUCUGUGAUUGGUCCAGAAAACUCGCGCCAUUCUCUAAACCAAUCAGAUGCAAAACUAAAUCCAUCACGUCUCGGUCGCUUCAGUUUCCCAGCUUAAGGCAGUUUGGUUGGUUUUUACUCCGAGUUCUCAUUGGAUGUUCAGGGUAAUUAUCUUCCUUCUGAUUGGCCGUUGUGAUAACUUUAGUUUUGGUUUACGACACCCAAUCGAAAAGCGAAACUUGCAGCGAACCAAGUGUCGUCUACACGUUUAAGAUCGUGUUGUCUCGUCCAUAGUCACAUUAAGUUGCGCAUUGUAUACUGCAAAUUGGUAUGUCAAGUUAACGAUUUUUGCGUUAAAAAGUUUUGGAAAUUUUGCUACUAUGUAGCUCAAUAGCAAGUAUUUUACAAUAAUUCCAGUAGUCUGAUGAAAGUAAUGAAGAAUAUAAUAAUUAUAAGUCACACCAUCUGCCCUUAAAAUGUGUAAGUACGGUCGAUCACAGUAUAGAAGUGUUGGCGUGAUAAUGCGUGACUGUGACAACGAACGACCGUGAUACGGAGGAAAUGACAAUUGUUUCUGGAGUUUAAAGGCUUCUUCGUUGGUGUAUAUACAGACGUUACUACGUUUAAGUUGUACUUCAAAGUGUUGACUUUAUGAAAGUUUGUAAAUCUCGAAAGCAUGUACAAAUUUGAAACGAGCAUAAAUAGACAAUUAAGUGAAUAAAAACAAACGAAUCAAAUAA